UAGAUUGCACUGUUGCAGCUCGGUGUCUGAUCUGAUCUUAUUCUGUCUGAUCAUUUAUUCCUGCAGUAUUUUAGUGGACACGUGUGGAUUUAAUGUGUGAUGAUAUGGAAGGGUUUACUAUUAAAAGUCGGAUUAAAAAUCUUCUGCGCUCUCCGUCAAUCAAACUCGGAAAGAAUCGAUGUCGCGUGACAGACAGUUUGUCCAGUCAGGUGACUUUGGAAAGAGUUUUAGGUAUCACAGCUUCGGGUAACAGCAGUUUAACAUGUGACCCAUGGUCAGGGACGGUGGCCUAUCCGGCCGGGUGUGUAGUGGUGUUACUGAACCCCUCCAAAACCAGACAAGAGCAUCUCAUCAGUUCAUCCAGGAAAACCAUUACAGCCUUGUCCUUCUCUUCAGAUGGUAAAUAUCUGGUCACAGGAGAGUGUGGAUAUCUGCCUGCUGUGCGCGUUUGGGACGUGGAGGGCAGAACGCAGGUGGCCGAGUUACAGGAGCACAAAUACGGCGUGUCCUGUGUGACGUUUUCUCCCGACAGCAAAUACAUCGUCAGCGUGGGCUCUCAGCACGACAUGAGCGUCAACGUCUGGCUCUGGAAGAGAAACUCACUGGUGGCCACAAACAAGGUGUCCAGUAAAGUGACGGCGGUGGCGUUCUCUGACGACAGCUCAUAUUUUGUCACCGCUGGAAACCGACACGUUCGAUUCUGGUACCUGGAAUCUUCUCUCCUUAACAAGUUUUCGUCCACCGUCCCGCUGAUGGGGCGCUCGGGUCUUCUCGGAGAUCUUCAGAACAACUUCUUCUGUGAUGUGGCGUGUGGUCACGGACAGAAGUCUGAGAGCACGUUCUGUGUCACCUCAUCGGGUCUCCUCUGUGAGUUUAAUAGCAGGAGGAUUCUGGAGAAAUGGGUCGAUCUGAAGACGACCUCAGCCGCGUCUCUGUCUGUGACUGAAGAUCUGAUCUUCUGCGCGUGUGCUAACGGAACCGUGCGAGUCUUCAGCCCAUCUGAUCUGAACUUCGUCUGCACGCUACCACGUCCGCAUCAUCCGGGUGUCGCUGUUUCUCAGACGAGGAAGCCAGGUCCUCAGUAUCCAGACUCUGUGGCGGUGACCUAUGACCCUGUGAACCGCUGGCUGUCGUGUGUGUAUAGCGAUCACAGCUUGUACGUGUGGGACACGCGAGAUCUGCAGAAAGUGGGCAAAGUUUAUUUUGCUCUGUAUCAUUCUGCAUACAUCCGGGACCUGCAGAUGUUUCCUACGGACACGGACGACUCAAAAGCAGUGCCCGGUUCCUCCGGAUUGUUCUUAAGCUGUUCGGCGGACGGCACAGUCCGGAUGUGGAGCUUGGAAAGCGUUUCCAGCAGCAGUUUGUUAAGUAAUGAUCUUCAUAAAAUCAUCUACACAGACGACACCCUGCUGGAUAUUGAGGGAACUGCAGUUAGUAGUUCAGAGAAAAGUGAGGGAGAGAGCAGAAACUCCAUUAGUACCAUCUGUGUCAGUCCAGAUGCCCGACACCUGGCGUCAGGGGACAGAAACGGCACGCUCAGGGUUCAUGAGUUGACCUGUAUGAAGGAGAUUCUGAAAGCUGAUGUGCACGAGUCUGAGAUCAGGUGUCUGGAGUACUCUAAACCUCACACAGGCAUGAAUCUUCUGGUGACAGCGAGUCGAGAUGUGUUAAUCCAUGUGUUGGAUGUAGAUAAAGGUUACAGUCUGAUUCAGACACUGGACCAUCACACUUCAUGUGUCACUGCUGUGCACUUUACCGUGAGUGAUGGAGAAGUCAAGCUGAUCAGUUGUGGGUCAGAUAAGAGUUUGUACUUUCACACGGCCCAUAAAACUGUCAGAGGGACAAAAUUCGUGCAGACACAUCACGUACUUCUGAAAACAACUUCCUGUGACAUGACUGUUGAUCCGAACGGCCGAUAUACAGCUGUCAGCUGUCAGGACAGAAGCAUCAGAGUGUUUAAUAUAAGCAGUGGUAAACAGAAGAGAUCUUAUAAAGGCUCUGACAGAGAUGAUGGCAGUCUGCUUAAGAUUGAGAUGGACCCGUCUGGUGUGUAUGUGGCCACCAGCUGCUCUGAUAAAAGCAUCAGUCUCUUUGACUUUAUGACGGGAGAAUGUCUAGCAUCAAUGUUCGGUCAUUCAGAUGUCAUCAGCAGUCUGAUGUUCACCGAUGACUGCAGACAUCUGAUCUCCGCCUCAGGUGACAGUUGUAUCAUUGUAUGGCGACUGUCUCCUGAACUGACCAUGAACAUGAGAGAACGUCUGUGUCGGCUCAAACGCGGUCAUACCGUUAAAAAUCCUCCGUUCAGACGCUUGUCUGGUUUUACAUUAAAUGCAUCACCGUCUACUGUGAGCUGCUACUCUGAAGAUGAGGAGGAUGAUGAAGAAUAUAAGGGUCACCAGAACAGCAGUCAGCUUUUAUCAGAGGACAGCGUUAAGGAAGAGACUGGUGCUUCUGUUGAAGGAAGUCAAUGCAGCGCGGUUAAGGGAUCUUCUGCAGUGUGUCGUCUGUCUGAAGUUCCUCCUCGGCCACGGAGACGUUGGUCCUGUCGGAUGGGCUCUCUGGAGCUGAUGGUGAAAUCUAUGCUGGAACUUCGGCAGCUGGAUUCUCUUUCUAAAGCCCAGAACAGAGGCCGUAUAGAGCGGCUCGGGGUGGAGGAACGGGGCAGCACCUUUAGUCUGCAGGAUUGGAGUAAAACGCAUCGAGUUCGACCUCGUUCCGCUUGGCUCGCCCCGGCUUCGACACCAGAACCUGAAGGUGUUGUUGUGUACGCAGAGGAUUGGCCCAGCCUGUCUGAAUCUUCAUCUGAGCUCCAGGCCUCUGCUGCAGAGGGAAAGCCGCAGGAUUGCCGGAGCUCCUCCAGUGGAUUCUGCAGCGGUGAAUCCAGUCCAGAUCAAGACCAUUCAGGGACCCAAAACGGAACCGAAGGCAUCUCGACACAUUUUCAUGCCCAAAAGUCCACUUUGAGGAGCAGCACCCUAUUAGUCCCGAAGACUCUUAACCCAGACCCCACCAUCAGGCCUCAGACAACAUGUUCUGGAAACAGCUCAGAAGAUGUAGGAGAUGUGAAGCCUCACGAGCGUGAUCCAUUGAUGUGGUCCUCACCACAGAGGAGUCAUCCAUACCUGAGCAGGGUGCUCCAGAAAUCUGCUUCAGUACAAAAUCUGCCAACAGACGCACGAAAGUCGCUGACACCAACCCGUCUGCGAAGAGAAGUGUAUUCUCCCCUGUCCAAGCUCAAAAUGGAGAAGACCGACUCCUCUCAUCGUUUUUGUCCCACGACGCCGCCCCGCCCUCAGUCUUGGGAAAGCCCAAAUGCCAAGCAGAUUUCUAGGGCUCGCUCUUACAUGAGCCCCACCACCAGCUCCAUAGCCAAAAUCGCCCGCUCCGUGUCCGUAGGAGACGGCCUCUGUUCAGACGUGACCUCUCGCGAGACCUUGCCGAGCACGUUACCGUUCAGCCCGUUACGAGAGAGGGAUCCGUUCCCGUCUCGGUCUACAACCGUUUCGUGUGAAUCUGAACAUCUUCCUUCAAAAGCUGUUAAACCUCGAUCCUGUCGGAGGACAAUCGGUUCGUUUGCUGAGUGGCCAAGCAGAAGUAGCCCCGCACAUGACAGCCAUUAUUUCCACAAAGACUCUCCUGCCGCUGAGGAUCUUCACGUUGGUGCAAACGUUGAUCAUGUGUCAGCGGGGACCAUCAGGCCGUUAUCCUCUGCCGGUGAUCCUGAAACCGUGAACCGGAACGAGACGUUCUCACGAGACGAUCGCCCACGAGCAGCCGUCAAAGCUUUCUCCGUAACGUCCGACGCUCCUGAUGUUCAAGCAUCAGUUAGUUUGGAGGAAUGCAGGCGGGCCGCAGCUGAGCUGUGCAGUAGCGUACAGAAAACCACACGACUCUACAGAACGCUGAUCUCCGACUCCACAGAGUCUUGUGUCCAGCAGCAGCAGCAGCAGCAGGUUUUGUGGGACGCUUUGCUCCGUGUGGGAUCAGAACUGGAUUCAGUCCGUGCGUCUGGACCUGUGAUGGUUGGGGAGGGAAAGAUGACAGUGGCUUUACUGGAGCAAUACUCUCAACUUCUGCUGCAGUCCGUGGAGAAGAAACUUCAUCAAAACAUGUAGCUCUCUCUUAUCUUAUCUUCUCUUCUCUGUCUUUUAUUUGCUUUUAAUACACGCUUUUAAUUUUCAUAACCGUGUCUCAGCAAGAGUGAGAUCUUUACAUUGAGCUUUAUGUUGUUGUAUGUCAAUGAAUCCUGCUUUACUUUGCUGUAGUUUCAAUUUUAGAUUGCUGUGAGUUUGUAUUUGUUUUAUUGUCAAAGUAAAUUAUGUUUAGUAUUUUAAGAUCUUAUCAUGGCCAUAUUGAGUACUCAUUUCUAUAUCUGAUGAUUUCUAUGUAGAUUUUUAUUUAUUUAUUUGUUUGUAUUUAUUUAUAUUUGACUGUGAUUGUUUGAUUUCUUCUGUUGUGUGUCAGAUGUUACACCACAGAUUUCUUACACAAUAAACUGAAAAAGAAGAAGAAUAUAAA